CCGUCGAAGAAUUCGCCGCUCGCCCUGCUGGCCGGCGCCCGUCGCCCGUCGGCUCCCCGUCCAUGGCCAGCGCGGGGCUGCAGCUGGUGGGCUACUUCCUGGCGCUGGCCGGCUGGGUGGGCACCAUCUGCGCCUCGGCCCUGCCGCAGUGGAAGCAGAGCUCGUACGCCGGGGACGCCAUCAUCACGGCCGUCGGGCUGUACGAGGGCCUCUGGAUGAGCUGCGCCUCGCAGAGCACCGGGCAAGUCCAGUGCAAGCUGCACGAGUCGCUGCUCUCGCUCGACGUUCACAUCCAGACUUCCCGAGCUCUCAUGGUGGUGUCCAUUCUUCUGGGUUUUGUGGGACUCAUCGUCAGUGUGAUCGGAAUGAAGUGUACCAAAGUGGGGGACAAAAACCCGGUGACCAAAAGUUGGAUCGCUGUCUUGGGAGGAGUCUUUUUCAUGCUUGCAGGUCUGUGUGCAAUGACAGCUGUCUCGUGGUACGCAGCACGGGUGACGGUCGAGUUCUUCAAUCCAAGCACACCAGUCAAUGCCAGGUAUGAAUUUGGGCCCGCUCUCUUCAUAGGAUGGUCGGCAGCCAGUUUGACCCUGCUGGGAGGCUCUUUCUUAUCCUGUUCUUGCCCCAAACCAGAGGAAAGAGGACAACAGUAUUAUCGGCAAUCGCAGCCUUCCACAGCUAGAGAACCCACUAUAAAAAGGGAAGAUCAGUGCAUAUAAUAUCUUCGCUUCUAUCAGGGAGAAAGAAGUAUUUAUGUCCUGAGUAUUCCCUUCAGAGAGACCAAAUAUGACUGUUAUCAAGGAUAUUUUUUUUUUAGAAUGUUUCCCCCAAAUCCAUUUUCUAUAUUGGAUUAAAAACUGAGAGUGAGAUUUAUUCUUCUUAUAAUUUAAACAUUGUAUUAACUUUUCUACUGUGUAUACUACUUGACGGCUCUGAAUUUCGGAUACCUUUGGUUCUAAUCGUUUGUAC